CCAUCUUGGGACCGGGCGGAAGUCCAGCGAGAGCGGGAGGUUUCCGCUUCCUAGAGUGGCGGCGCCACUUCCGGGCAGUUCCUCAAUGGCGGCGGAGAGCUGAGGAGAGCGGGAAGCGGCAGCAGGUACCUCUGAAUGAACCUUGUGAAGAAGACCCUGUGAGAGCUUUGCCCUAGGAUGUCUUAGGACUGAAAUGAAGGGUCACUGCAUUGGCACGAACAAGGGAUAAGUAGGAGAAAGGCGUAUUUCCAGUGACAUCCUUGGAGGAAAGAGAGGAUUCUGCUGUUAAAAGAGGAGUUUGGGUACGAGACCAGAGGGCUACGGCAAUACAAAGAUCGAGAAGAGGAAAUCUUGUGCUGUUCCGGAGUUCAUAUCUGUGACCUUUUGGCAUAAUAUUUGAAACAUAAAUAAAAAAGAAUGGAAAAUCUUCAUCCUUGUUCCACAUCACAUACAGAGGAGAAGCUACAUAUGUAUAUGGAUUUUGGGGAAUGUUUCCUGUGGGAAAGUUCUCUUACUAAAUAUCAACAAACUCACAUAGGAGAGAAGCCAUAUACAUGCGUGGAAUGUGGAAAGAGCUUCACUCACAGUGGAGAUCUAUAUCGCCAUCAAAGGAUCCACACAGGGGAGAAGCCGUAUCAAUGCAUCGAAUGUGGAAAGAGCUUCAGUCAUAGUGGAGCUCUGUGUUACCAUCAAAGGACACACACGGGGGAGAAGCCGUAUCAAUGCAUGGAAUGUGGAAAGAACUUCAGUCGGAAUGACCACCUGCGUUCCCAUCAAAGGAUCCACACAGGGGAGAAGCCCUAUCAAUGCAUCGAAUGUGGAAAGAGCUUCAGUCACAGUGGAGCUCUGUGUUUACAUCAAAGGACACACACGGGGGAGAAGCCAUAUCAAUGUAUGGAAUGUGGAAAGAGCUUCAGUCAGAGUGGACAGUUGCGUUCCCAUGAAAGCACCCACACAGGGGAGAAGCCGUAUCAAUGUAUGGAAUGUGGAAAGAGCUUCAAUCGGAGUGGACACCUGCACCUCCAUCAAAGGACCCACACAGGGGAGAAGCCACAUAAAUGCAUGGAAUGUGGAAAGAGCUUCAGUCACAGUGCAGCUCUGUGUUCCCAUCAUAGGACCCACACAGGGGAGAAGCCAUAUCAAUGCAUGGAAUGUGGAAAGGGCUUCAUUAGGAGUGGAGAUCUUCAUUCCCAUGAAAGGACCCACACAGGGGAGAAGCCAUAUCAGUGCAUGGAAUGUGGAAAGAGCUUCAGUCGUAGUGACAUUCUGCGUUCCCAUCAAAGGAUGCACACAGGGGAGAAGCCGUAUCAGUGCACGGAAUGUGGAAAGAGCUUCAGUCAGAGGGGAAAUCUGCGUUCCCAUCAAAGGACCCACGGAGCAGAGCAGCCAUAUAAAUGCAUGUUUUGUGGAAAGGAAUUCAGUCAAAGUGGACUGCUGCAUUCCCAUCAAAUGACCCACACAGGGGAGAAGCCAUAUCAGUGCAUGGAAUGUGGAAAGGGCUUCAUUAGGAGUGGAGAUCUUCAUUCCCAUGAAAGGACCCACACAGGGGAGAAGCCAUAUCAGUGUAUGGAAUGUGGAAAGAGCUUCAGUCGUAGUGACAUUCUGCGUUCCCAUGAAAGGACCCACACAGGGGAGAAGCCGUAUCAGUGCAUGGAAUGUGGAAAGAGCUUCAGUCAGAGGGGAAAUCUGCGUUCCCAUCAAAGGACCCACACACGGUUAGAGGAAGAGACCUGCCUUUAAAUUUCCUAUUCUAUUUAAAAAAUCCCUCCAUAGGCAGGCAAAGAAUGGGAGAAUGGAAUCACAGAGGAAGGCCACCACUUUGUUCUCUUUCUGUCGUGGACAACAGUCUUGUGUGGAUUGACUUGAUUACUGGUGUGGGCAGGUCUCCCACAGAGGACGACUCUUCUCGCUAUUGCAGCCUUUUUUGAAGGGGUCAAUCUGACCUCUUCCUCCUCAAGGAAAGUAUCCCAGACUUCUCGCAUGAUUUGUAAAGGCUUGCUGAAAUAAGAGCAGACGAUAUCUUAUGGAAAAGACCAGCUCUUUGGGAGCAGAUAACGGCAUUCCUUCGUACUGUUGUCCUGGAUCUUGGCUCUGAUCCCUCGGUUUCAAAUUCUGGACUCUGGUCCUGUUCCUGUCACCCUGCUCUGGACUCUGUUUGUUGGAAAUAGGCAACCUUCUCAAGCCUCCUCUGUUUAAUGAUUUGUCUGUAUAUAAUGUGUUUGUUUUAUUACUGAAGUGUAUGUGUGUCCUUGGGUGUGCAGUCUUUCCUAACACUAUGUUUUUGAGGAUGUGGGAGAUGCUGCAGACCAUGUGACCAGAUCAGGGACUGAUUAGAACACAGUUAAGGGAUGUCAGUUGAGAGAUGACCAUUGAAGAUGACAGUUGGAAGUAGACGGUUAUGAAAGAGAGUUGUACAGAGAUGUAUAGUGUUGAUGAGACUUAGAAAGACUGAAAGUUAAAGACGCAAACCAAAAUAA